AUGCCACGAAUAUCACCCCGAAUACUCAAAUCAGUAGCUAAUAUUGAUAGGCGCCUGCCGUAUCUGUUAUUCGAGUGUAGUGGUAAUAUUUCCGAUGCCAAACAAGAAUUAAGCUGGAUCAAGAAUGAACUUCAAGAUGCAAACCUAAUAAAUAGAGCAUGCUGGCUUAGAUAUAAUCGCGUACCGCUACAGUAUAUUUUGAAAACCCAACCUUUCGGACCAUUGGACCUUUUGGUGAGACCGGGGGUACUUAUUCCUAGAUGGGAAACUGAGGAAUGGUGCAUGGAUUUAAUUGCCAAGUUACCGGAAAAGGCACGCCAAGGUCAAUUUAAAGUUUUAGAUCUUUGUUCAGGAUCUGGUUGCAUUGCAUUAGCUAUAGCACAUACAAGAACGGAAUAUAUCGUGAAAUCAGUGGACCUUUCUCCGAAAGCGAUUGCGUUACUCAAGGACAACGUAAGAAAAGUUGGUUUGCAAAAUACCAAUGUUCAGUGCAUUCAGGCAGACAUUCUGAGACAUUCUGAGCAUAUUUAUUCGAAAGAUAAAUUCAAUCUUAUCACUUGCAAUCCUCCUUAUAUUCCUUCCAACAAUUUUGUAAAAGAAUGCACUACUUCGGUGAAAUUGUAUGAACCAAGGUUAGCACUGGUUGCCGAUCUUGAAUUUUACGAUAACUUACUGCAAUACUGGAUUCCACGAACUGAGUCCUUCGUUUAUGAAGUUGGUGACAUGAAACAGUGUCAACAUGUGAUAAACGGAUUAUCACAUAAUACCAGCUGGAAGACAGGGAUUAAAUAUGAUUCGAAUGAUAAACCUAGAUGUGUUUAUGGAUAUUUAGCCAAUCCAGAAUCUACUAUCGACUAUGUAAAGAUAUUUGAUUCGUUCUCAACCUGA